AUGGUGUACUCGGUCCCCCGAAAGGCGGCCGGCCUCAUGCUGGUUGCCGCCGGAGCUCGAGUUCUCGCCGCUGACUGCGGUUUCGAUUCCUGGGAGUGUGCUCCCUCCUACUCGGCCAUCCCCGCCUGCGCCACCGCUGCCAUCGAGUCGGCCGCCAUUACAAAUCUCGGCUGUGCCCACGGCGACUACAAGUGCGAGUGUGGCAAGCAGGAGGUGCUCCAGGCCGCAAUGGCCAACGCAGUUAUCGGCAGCUGUGGUUUCGGCGGCGCCAUCAACGUCAUGAACGCCGUCUCCAACCUUUGCGCCUGCGACGCUACGGCAUCCACCUUUACCGCGUGCCCGACCGUUACUCCGAGCUCUACCAUCUCCGAACCUCCUGUCAUCACCGAGCCUCCUGUCACCACCGAGCCUCCUAUCUCCUCCGAGCCUCCUGCCACCACCGAGCCUCCUAUCUCCUCCGAGCCUCCUAUCUCCUCCGAGCCUCCUACCAUCACCGAGCCUCCUAUCUCCUCCGAGCCUCCCAUCAGCCUUCCCAGCUCUGUGCCUGCAGUGCCCAGCUCCGAGCCUCAGCCCAGUGCUGAGCCCAGCACGACUAAUGACUGCGACGAUGAUGAACCCACCAUCUCCAGCUCUUCCAUUGUCGUGGUGCCUUCCGGCCAGCCUUCUGGCGAGCCUUCCAGCCAGCCCCCCAUCACUAUAACGACUACCUCCUCCCCCGUCGAGCCUUCUACCGGCGGUGCCCCCAGCUCUGUCAUCAGCCUCUCUGUGCCUGCCGUGCCCAGCUCCGAGCCUCAGCCCAGUGCUGAGCCCAGCACGACCGAUGAUGGCUGCGACGAUGAUGAGCCCACCAUCUCUUCCAUUGCCGUGGUGCCUUCCGUCCAGCCUUUUGGCGAGCCUUCCAGCCAGCCCCCCAUCACUAUCACGACUACCUCCUCCCCCGUCGAGCCUUCCGGCAACCCCGGACCUAGCGCUUCUGUCCCUGUUCCUGGCGGAGGUGACUCUACCACCACCAUCACCACUACCGACAUCGUUACCUCGGACUGCUCCACCUCCACCUCUAAUGUUGUUGUCGUCAUUCCCUCCAGCACUGUCGUCCCCUCCGGAACUGACAGCGUUCCCGGUCCUGCCCCCUCCGGCCCUUGUGGUGAGGAGAGCUGGGAGUGCGCCGCUGAGUUUGCUGCCGUGCCCCAGUGCGCCGUUCCUAUUAUUGGGAAGGCUGCGCUCGACCUGGGCUGUGCUUCUGGUGACCACAAGUGCGAAUGCGCCAACGCCCAGAAAAUCCAGCUUACUAUUGCCGGGGACGUUUUGGGCGCCUGCGGAGCCAGCAAGAUCAACGACGUCCUUUCGGCCGUCGACGCGCUCUGCAAGUGUGACGCCGCCAAGCCCACUUUCACCGAGUGCGGUUCCAACCCCGGCCCUACCGGCGGUAACGGCGGUGGCUCUGGCCCCGGCCCUACUGGCGGCAGCAGCGCUGGCCCCAUCACCACCACCACCUCUGCUCCCGUCCCUGGUGGCGGCUCCGGCGGUGGAUCUGGCAGCUCUUCGUCCAGCUUCGUCACUGUCACCCACUCUACCACCAUCACCACCUCUGCUCCCGUCCCUGGUGGCGGAUCUGGUGGCUCUUGGUCGUCCAGCUUCGUCACUUUCACCAACUCUACCACCAUCACCACCUCUGCUGGCCCUACCGGCGGCAACGGCGGUGGUUCCGGCUCUGGCCCCAGCGGCACUGGUGGUUCCGAUGACGUCCCCGUCCCUGAGCCCUCGGAUGCCAUCCCUCCUCCUCCCGUCGUCGCUGGUGCUUCCAAGAUGAUGGCCAGCACCACCGGAUGCGUUGCCCUGAUGGCUGCCGUCUUUGCUUGUGCUCUUCUUUAA